CCAGGAAAUGUAAACAUGCACAGAUAAUUUUUCUCUAAUUUUCUAUAUUUGGUGCUUAUAGCUUAGUAUUUUUGCUGCACCAAAGUAUAAAUGGUAUUAGAAUAUAAUUUAAUAAUAUUUGUGCGCCUAUAUCAUCCGUAACUUCUGUAAUUUUGUUUUAUGCCACCGUAGUGAAGAUAGGCAGAAGCGUCGUCAAGCGCUGUAGAAUUUCAAGUCCGCUAAUGGCGGACGCUAAUAAUUUUGGAAGUUUCGUGAUUCUAUUGUUCUGUUUUUGAGAAAUUCAUUAAUUAUUAUAUACGGGAAUGAGUUUUGUUAUAAGUGUUCGCGUCCGCAGUGUUAUUUAUGUGCCUGUGAUAUGAAAUGUUUGGUGUGAACAUGACAAAAGCGCCCGCUAGAUAUGUAACCUUUUCCAUAACCUCGUUUACGCGAAUGGAGUAGAUAUGUGAUCGAUGUGUGUGCAACAGUGAACGAUUUUUCGUCAAAUUCGCGUUACAAUUAGUGCUAAGUUAUUCGGCAUUUUAGUGAUGGAAGUGUCCGCGUCGCGGUUUUGCAAUCCGACGCCCGUUUUCGAUGUAACGUAAGUGAGCCGGUCGAUCGCUAGAGCCAGUGUAAGCAGGAACGGCCGCCACCAGCCGAACAUGGCUGCGACGCAGGCCGAGUCCCAGCGAAGCGAUGCGAACGUAGAUCAGACUCCGUCGGAACAGCUUAGUGAAUCGCGGAACGUUCUGUUACAAAACGGCACCGACAAGUCCGCCGGGCGCGUUCCGCCCGAUGGCGUUGUGAACACAAAGAGCAAGGCGCCUAUGUCGGCCGAGCCGGGGCCGCCACGCGACGCUGCUGAGGCGCCGGGCCACGAGCGAGGCGGCGAGCGCCCGCUGCCCGACCAGUACGGCUCGUACCGUUACCCAGAGGGCGCAGAUCCUUAUUAUUCUCAGAGGCCCGGUUUUCCCGGCAAACCGCGGCCACCGCCGCAGCAGCGAUUCUUCCCCGGACAGGCGGUGACUCAGGCGCCAGGCCCGACUCCCACGCUGAAUUCCUUGCUUCAGUCGAGCGGCGCACCGCCGCACCGCUAUGCCAACAGCUACGACCAGCCGCCCGGGGGCUACGGGCCCGCGCCCGGCUGGCCGCCGCCUCGGCCCAUGCCACCCUAUAACCCUCAAGGAAGCCCAUAUAGAAAUUCAACCCCACCGCGCGGCUACGUGGGUCCACCGUACGGUCAAGGCGCUCCCGGCGGACCUCAGCAACCGCCGGGCGCAUAUGGUCCGCCGGGCUCCUACCCACCACGGUAUCCGCCCCCACCUGGUCCACCAGGCGCGCCCAAUUCGAGACCGCCCUUCUCGCCACAUCAGGGGUACGAACGAGGCGGGUCCCCGCAGCCGCCGACGCACCCGCCGGGCGCGCCCAGUCCCGGCUCGGCGCAGAGCGCGCCCGGCGGCAUCUCGCCCACACAGGACACCCAGCACCCGCCGCACUUGCCGCCCGGCGCGCAGCCUCCGCACCAGGGCUACCCUCCACCUCCUAGGCCCGCCCAGCCGUCCACACCAAAUGCUCACGAUCAAGAUGCGGAUCUGACCGGUCAAAAUAGCAAUGACUCGGGCGGCAGCGGCGGCGCGGGUCGCGCUACCACGCCGCACUUGAGGCCCACGCCGAGCCCCACCGGCUCGAGCGGUUCACGAUCCAUGUCACCGGCUGUCGGUACCCAGAACGUACCGAUGCCACCGCGGCCGUCGUCGUCCCUGUCCGACGGCAGCGGGCCCACCGUGCCGGGCAGGCCGGGCACGGGUGCCACGGGCGGCGCCGGGCCUCCGCCCUCGGGCGCGCCUCCACCCGGCGCCAUGUUGCCGCAGCCCUACCCUCAUCACAGCCCGUACAAGCCGGCGCCUUACCCGCCGCAGUCCUACGCGUAUCCGCCGCGCAACCACCAUCCCUACCCCUACGGCGGCUACAGGCCGACGCCGCCGCCGCACCCCUCGCAGCACUACCCACCAAUAAAGCAAGCUGGCCGGCACAUGGGUCCGCCCGGCGAGGCGAUGCCGCCGCCCACAGCGCCGGGCGAGGCGCACGACAACGGGCCCGCGGCGCCCGCCACUGCGCUGGUCACCACCGGACCCGACGGCACACCGUUGGACGAAGGCAGCCAGCAGAGCACGCUUAGUAACGCAUCGGCUGCUUCGGGCGAGGAGCCUUGCGGCACGCCGAAGAGUUCGCGCAAGGACUACGGGCCGGGCAGCGCGGCGCCAUCGCCGUCACCCGGCGGCGCCUCACAUUCGUCCGCGCAUGAUGACUAUGACGCCACGCCCUCACCAUGGCCGCGCCCGCCCUCUAGUCCCGUGUUUAACAGUCACAUACCGCCGGAGUCCUACAGAUCAAAGAAGUCGGACUCGUUGGGCAAGCUGUACGAGAUGGACGACGCGCCGGAGCGACGCAGCUGGGUGGAGAGGCUACUGGCCUUCAUGGAGGACCGGCGCACGCCCAUCGCCGCCUGCCCGACCAUCUCCAAACAGCCGUUGGACCUAUACCGGCUCUACCUGCUGGUGCGCGACCGCGGUGGAUUCGUCGAGGUCACGAAAAACAAAACGUGGAAGGACAUAGCUGGUUUACUCGGUAUCGGUGCGUCGUCGUCGGCGGCGUACACGUUACGGAAGCACUACACGAAGAAUCUUUUGGCCUACGAGUGCCACUUCGACCGGGGAGGGAUCGACCCGCAGCCGAUCAUAAACCAGGUAGAAGCAUCAACGAAGAAGAAGAGCGGGAAAUCGAAUAGUACGUCUAAUGCAGGGUCAUCAAAUUCGCAAGAGCAGUUCGUUGCGGGCGGUGCGGUUCAGGGCGGUGCGCCCAUGGACGGCUACCCCGCGCACUACGCGCCCUACCCCCCGCAGCCCAACCAGCCGCAAGGCGGCGGGCCAGGCGGCGACAACCUCGCCGCCUCCAACCCUUUCGACGAGCCGCCGGGGCCCAGGCGACCCCCAGGCUACCAGCAAGGUUACGGGUAUGAAUACGGUCCCUCCUAUCCCGCGAAUAGGCCGGUUUAUCCGCCUUAUGGCCCCGAAGGAGAUCGGGGCUACGCGUCGGGCGGCGAGUACCGGUACGGCGGCUACGGCGGGUACCGGGCGGGAGCGCCGCCCGCUCCCCCCGCUCCCCCUGGCGGAGCGCAGUCCCCUGCGGCGGCGCCCGCACCUCCUGCCUCGCCCGCGCAACCUUACCCCGACUACUACCGCGCGCCGCACCCGCACCACCCGCAUCCGCACCCGCAACACCCACCUCCGCACCCGCCGCACUCGCCGCAACAGCCACACGAGAUGUCCGGCGGGGCCGCGUGCGGCGCGGGCAUUAUGGGUUCGCAGCUCGCACGGCAGCUGGUCGCGCCGCUGCCGUCGCCCGUCCGCCCCUACUACGACGUGAAGGGAGGCGCGGGAGCCGGCGCAGCCAACGCAGCGGCGGCGGGAGUCCCGCGGAGGCAUCCCGACUUCGCGAAAGCGGAGGCCGGCUUCCCGCCCAACGCGGGCGCGGCGGGCGGCGCGCCCACGAGGUUCGCGGGCGGCGCGUGGGGCGGCGCCUUCCCGCGCGCCGCGCCCGCGCCCGCCUGGCGCCCGCCCGCGCCGCUGCCGCACGCGCCGCUGCACCACCAGCCGCCCUGGCCGCCGCAGCAGCACCCGCACCAGCCCUACCACCCGCCGGGUGCAACGCCCAGCGUGGCUCAAAUAAAAAGAGAAUUAACGUUUCCCCCGGAAUGCGUGGAAGCGACCGUUCCCGCUACAGAGAAGCGACGGCGGCUUACGAAAGCUGACGUGGCGCCCGUCGACGCCUGGCGAAUAAUGAUGGCGCUCAAAUCCGGCCUGCUGGCCGAGACCUGCUGGGCGCUAGACAUCCUAAACAUAUUGCUGUUCGACGACAACUGCAUAGGAUACUUCGGCUUGCAACACAUGCCGGGCCUGCUCGACCUCCUAUUAGAACAUUUCCAAAAGAGCCUCGCGGACGUUUUCGACGCGCCGGCCACAGAGAGCGAACCCUGGUACGCGCCGCCGUCUAGCCCCGAACCCGUAGCGAAAGCGAAGCGGAGAGUGGAGCCCCCCGAUCCUGCCGAUCGGGUCCAAUUGAUGACAUGCGAAAACUUCACGCUCGAGUCGCGGCGGCGGGUGCCCGUGACGCUGGCGGCGCGCCCCGACGACGAGCUGUUCGCGCCCGACGACGACGAGCCCGGCCGCGACGUAGGCGACGUGACGGAGCCCUGGCAGCUCAGCGGCGACUCGGCCGCGCACGUCAUCCCCUGCCCGCGCGGCGAGCUCGUGCACCUGCCCUUCGUGCGCGUGCUGCCCGGCACGCGGCCGCCGUCGCCCGCCGCGCCUCCCGCCGCGCCGUCGCCGCGCGCGCCGCCCUCGCCCGGCGGCGACAACCUGGAGGCCGAGCCCAUGGAGCUGGAGCCCGAGCGGCGGCCCGCGCUGCAGGUGCGCGACCCGGCCGGCGUGCUGAAGCGCCGCCGCCUCGAGGACUACGAGGACGAGUGCUACACGCGCGACGAGCCCAGCCUCAACCUCGUAAGCGAGUCGCGCGACGCGCUGGCCAAGCGCUGCGUGGCACUGUCCAACAUCCUGCGCGGUCUCACAUUUGUGCCGGGCAACGAGGCGGAGUUCUCGCGCUCGGGCGCCUUCCUGGCGCUGGCCGGCAAGCUGCUGCUGCUGCACCACGAGCACGCGCCGCGGGCGGCGCGCGCGCGGGCCUACGAGCGCGCGGCGCGCGACGAGGCGGACGCCGAGCUGUGCUGCUCAAGUCUGCGUGGCGCGGCCGAGUGGUGGUGGGACGCGCUGGCGGCGCUGCGCGAGGACGCGCUGGUGUGCUGCGCUAACAUCGCGGGCAGCGUGGAGCUGGCGGGGCAGCCCGAGGCCGUGGCGCGCCCGCUGCUGGACGGCCUGCUGCACUGGGCCGUGUGCCCGGCCGCCGUGGCGGGCGACGCGCCGCCGGGCGCGGGCGCGGCCAGCCCGCUGUCGCCGCGCCGCCUGGCGCUGGAGGCGCUGUGCAAGCUGUGCGUGACGGACGCCAACGUGGACCUGGUGCUGGCCACGCCGCCGCGCGGGCGGCUGGCGGCGCUGUGCGCGGGGCUGGCGCGCGACCUGUGCCGGCCCGAGCGGCCCGUGGUGCGCGAGUUCGCCGUGAACCUGCUGCACUACCUGGCGGGCGCGGGCGGCGCGGCGGCGCGCGCGGUGGCGCUGCACGCGCCGGCCGUGGCGCAGCUGGUGGCCUUCAUCGAGCGCGCCGAACAGACGGCGCUGGGCGUGGCCAACCAGCACGGCGUGGCGGCGCUGCGCGACAACCCCGACGCCAUGGGUACGUCGCUGGACAUGCUGCGGCGCGCGGCCGCCACGCUGCUGCGCCUGGCCGAGCGCGCGGAGAACCGGCCGCUGCUGCGGCGCCACGAGCGGCGCCUGCUGUCGCUGGUCAUGUCGCAGAUCCUGGACCAGAAGGUGGCGCACGAGCUGGCCGACGUGCUGUGGCACGUGAGCCAGCCCGGCGACCAGUGACGCGGGCCGCGGGCCACAGACUGACUACCGCUGGGUACGUGUACAUAUAGUGAUACGGCGCGCCCGCGGCCCGCCCCCUGUACAAUCUGAUUUGUUAUUUAUGUCCACGAUGAUUUGUUUACGAGAAUGUCAAUGUGCUAUAAUCGAUUUCUAUUGUUCGAUUGAGAAACAGAUGUAUUAUAACUCGUAAUUUUGAUUUUUAUAAUAAAAUGGGACUUGAAUCUGUUUAUUGGUUUUAUGAUGGAGAUUUUAUACCGAGUACCUUAGCGCCUUGUCCGCGAGAGGACGGAGCGACGAGUGAGGAGCUUAUGUGGGCUAUAAGUUUUAAUUAAGUUUAAUGUGAAUUAUUACAAUAAUCUAUAAUAUAUUGAAAUUGAAUCUGA